AGGAUAAACAAUCUUCGAUAUCCUCGUGUAUCGAUAAGGAUUACAACUCUGUGCGCAGGUCAAACUCAAACUCGUAUGUUUUAAAUACACUUUACGCCAGUUUUCAUCCAGUUUGCCGGUUCUCGCUUUAUUGAAAAACUGGUCGAGUUUGAUGUGAACAAGCUGGACCGGAAAAGUCGUCCCGCGUCACAGGAGCGGCUGCUGGAUCCAAGCGUCGAGCUGCUCCCUCCGUGAGACGGGUCUCCCCCCAUCGGCCGCUUCGGUCCGCAUCGGCGCCGCUCCGUGGCUGAUUGACGCUCACCUGUGGUGACGUAGGCGGCGCAGCUUAAUGGGCGCCGGCAAACAGAGGAGGAAGUGAGUGGGUGAGGAGAAAUAUGUGACAAGGGUGGAGGGAGGUACUGCAGCCGCGGCGAAAGCAGCGCUCCCCCACGCACCGCACGGCGGCUUCCCAGAGGCUCCGGACUGACCCGUGGCAUCGUUUCACGGGGAGGCCCGCUCGCGCAGACUCCUCCAAUGUUGUAGUUGCUGAAGUGCUCAGUAGACCGGGCCAAGGUCAAGGCAGGAGGACACCAUGUCCCACAGCCAGUCAGACAGCUGCAUGGGCGACCAUGCCCCUCUUAUUCUGGAGAGCCACUUCUCCACAGAACUACAUAUAUCUGAGCCAGGUGAUGACUGCUGCCAGUCACAGAGUCCCUCCAUACCCCAAUCUGAAACAUCCACAGCCCAGCAAGAUGUAGUAGACAAGCUUGUGGUGCCUCAGCAGGUGGUUUUGAGUACCCAGAGUCCUGCAGCACUGAAGGUUGGCACCCACCAGGUCAUCCCCAAAAAAUUAGCCACGGCUAGCCGGCCUAAAAACCGCCACCACACCACCGUGGUGACGUUCCCAGUGGGACUAGAGCACUCCAGCAGUGGGACCCGGAGCCGACACUCAACCCAGGGGCCAGAUGUGUCCUGGGAGGAUUAUGACAGUGAUGGAGAUGGUUUUGCUUUGAGGAGGAACCGCAGGAACAAGUCAUACAGAGCGGCUGUGACCAGCCUGGAUAUGGAGGCCUUAGCGGCAGGACGAGGGGCUGUGGCCACGCUGAAACCUGUCAGAGAGGACAGAGCAACCAGUCCUGGUCCAGCUCGCAGCCCUGGAUGGAAGCGAACCCUGGGGAGAAAGAGGAACCAGAACCAACGUGGAUCCUUCAAAGAUGCUACACCGCGACUCUACCAGGAGAUCCGUGAGCGGGGGCUGCACUCCACCAGCCAGGAUGAGCUGUUGGAUGACUUUGUGGUGGUGGAGCCUCCUGUGGAGGACCAGGGCAUCGUGGUGAAGAGCUACCGGCCAGCACAGCUUACCUGGAGCCAGCUACCGCAGGUGAAGGACACAGGUAUCCUGACACUGAUCUCACCUCAGGAGAGAAAGAGACAAGAGGCCAUUUUUGAGAUAAUCACCUCAGAGCACUCGUACCUGCACAGCCUGGGCAUUCUGGUGCGUCACUUCAAGAAUAGCGAAGCGCUGAGGAAAACGAUGACAACCACAGAGCACCAUCACCUCUUCUCCAACAUCUCUGUCAUCCACCAAGUCAGCCAGCGGUUUUUCGAGGACCUUGAGCGGCGUCACUAUGACAACCCAGUGAUUCGGGACAUUAGCGAUAUUGUUCAGAACCAUGCUGCCCGCCACUUUGAGCCCUACAUUGUCUACUGCUCCAACGAGACCUUCCAGCAGAGGACGCUGCAGAAGCUGCUGACCAGUAACACUGUGUUCAAAGAGACACUGAAGCAAAUUGAAGGGAGCAGUGAAUGCGGAGGCCUCCCCAUGAUCUCGUUCCUCAUCCUUCCCAUGCAGCGAGUCACCAGACUGCCGCUGCUGCUUGAUACAAUCUGCCAGAAAACUCCAGACAGGACAGCGGAGUACUUUGCUGCUGUGUGGGCGCUGCAUGCCAUCAGCAAGUUGGUCACCAGCUGCAAUGAUGGAGCGAGGCGGAUGGAGAGGACAGAGCAGAUGUACACCAUCCAGAAACAUAUGGAUUUUGGUAAAAUCAAGCCCUUUCCUCUGGUGUCGUCAUCGCGGUGGCUGAAAAAGCGUGGCGAGCUUGCCGUCUCCACUGAGGAGCUCAGCAUCUGGAGGGCUUUCAGCAACAGGAGCUACUACCUGUUUCUUUUCAAUGACGUACUGAUCGUUACUAAGAAGAAGAGUGAAGAGAGCUUUGUUGUGAUGGACUACGCCACACUGGAGAAUGUCGAGGUGGAGGUCGGGGAGGAUGCUGAGGGUCGGACGUCUCCGCCUGCCAAGAACAGCUCCAGCUACUACCUUUCCUUCAAACUGCUGAUGAGCAGGAACAGCGAGGCCAGAGCAGAGCACAUCUCCCUGGUGGCUGAGUCCAGGGUGGACCGAGCUCGUUGGAUAGUGGCUCUUACAGAGCACAAGCAGGCAGGUGUCUUCAAUCGUACAGAUGGUCUACCACAGUAUGAGGCCACCAAAGCCUACAUGCCAAAGGAGCCAGACGAGCUGGGGCUGCAACAAGCUGAGCUUGUCAUCGUCCUACAGAAAGAGGAAGCCUGGUGCUAUGGGGAGAGAAUGCGAGACGGAGAGAGAGGCUGGUUUCCUGCUAGCUGUGCCACAGAGAUCACCAACCCUACUGCCAUGGAGAACAACGUGCAACGUAUGAAGCGCUUGCGCAAAGAGACCAAUGUUUGAGUGCCUCUCCACCGCCAUACUAUCGAAUCAGGAUGUACAGGGGCAUGGACACUAACAGAAAUCCCCUCCAGAUGAUUUGUGAUGCUCAUUAUGUUCAGUUUUUGUUGAGACUGCAGUGCUGAUGAAUUACAUUGGACACAGGAAAACAAUUACUGUAACAGUGGUCCAGAAGUCCAUUACCAACAGACUUAAAGACAUUUCUAGGAUGUGUUCAGCAUUAAAAGUGGACAUUAGUGCCAUCUUGGUGCCCCGGUGGUAUAAGAUGUAUACAAUUGAACCAUGAGGUUCUUGGUUUGAUUCCAGCCAGGGCCCAUGUUUCAUGUUGCUCUCCACUGUCAGACUAUCCAAACCAGUUAUUUUACAACAUGGCCAUCAGGUUGAAUGAAAAGUUAAAUCUCAACAAAACUAUUUGUAGCAGAGCCGUUGUAUAGUGAGGUGUUUUGUCCACCUUCUAUACUGUAUGUGUAGCCAAUAAAUGAGACACUUGGAGCAGCAGGAUUUAUUGGCCAACAGUAGGUUACUCAACUUGUACAGCACUACCCUGUUAUUUCCUUGUGUGAAUGUAAAUUUUAACUUACUGGAUGUACUAAAUAAUGAACCUCAGAUGCAGCCCUAGAUUUUAUUUCAAAUCUAGGAGGUACAAAAUAUAAUUAUAUUGUCUAAAUACACUAUGGUGUGAGAAGUUGCAUGUAAAAGUCAUUUGUGUAUUUCCUACAUUUGUGUAUUUCCUACAUUUCGCUUUCAUGUUUUGGUAAACAUUUGCCAUUUUAUAAUGUAGUCUAUGAUAUAGCCUACUGUGGCAUUACUACAUCUAAUUGAUUAAAUAACAUUUGCUGCACCAUACAAGGUAAUUUAUCUAAUAUAUGAAAUGAAAAGACAAUCCAACCUAACCAUCUAUUCUGUAAUUGAAAGAAAACAAAUUCUGUGGUUUUUUCCAUUUUUCAGAGUAUACUUGAAAACCCAAAUAAAGUCAUCACUAGACAGUU